AUGUUAAACUAAUGUGGAUGGAACUUAUUAGAAAAACCAAUAAUAUUCAACAUUGGAGCGAAUACAACUGAGUUAUCCUUAGCUGAUCUACCUCCAAAAGCCAGAAAAGUCAAGCUUUAUGUUUAUUAUCAUUUUGGAUACUGUGUAUCAACGCAUAAAACUACUACUUGGAGUUUAUAUACAAAAGUAGAUAUUAUUAAGAUAGCGGGAACACCAUAUUAACAACAAGCUAGUAAUGAUAAUACUUAGACUGGUACUUUCAUGCUUGAUGAAAGAAAAAUUAUAGAAGUAAGUAGAAAUGGAGAUUUUCCAAGUGGGAAUUUUUAAUUUUUGGUAGAAGUUUUAGCAUAUAAAUGA